AUCUUUUGAAAUUGGAGCUCCGCCGCCGUGCUUCCUAACACAUUAUUCCUAAUUAACGAUAUCUAUCACCGGCUACAGCGUGGAGUUUGAUCCCAUAGCAAUCCAGUACACGGUUUUGGAGAUUCUCAACGUUUUCUAGAAUUGGAAUAUGAAGAGAUGUUAUUCGCUGUUUCUUGGACUGACGGUCUCCAGUUUAUUCACAAUUAUUCUUGUGGCGAGAAGAGAGGCUCAGCAGUUCAACGGGAAGUUCAUUCGUGACGAGGACGAUGUGAAGUUCUGUGAAUGGAAGAUGAUGCACAACCCUGCCAUGCAGUCGUCAAAUCACGAUCGAUGGAAUGUCUCAUUGCUGCUAAGCCUGGGCUUAUUGGCUCCAAAGACCUCAUAUGGCCUUAAUGGCUCUUUGUUCACCGUCUACCGUCAAAAGAAGCAAAGCUGUCGGGAAUACGAGGACCAAACUAUUUCCCAACUUGUUUUGAGGAGAAUUCUGAAAGAGCUUUCGUCCUAUGCAAAUUCUUUCUGUUUGGCGUUGCGCAACGUGACUGGUCGGAUGGAAUCCUGCUACGAUCUUGAUAACCAUUUGGACGAAUUUCUCACAAAUGAUUUUAGCUUGAACAAAUCGUGGCGAUGUUUUCAUCCACCGGAAACCACCAGUCGGACAAUGACGACACUGCAAAUUUACCAAGCACUUCGGAUAAAACGGUUUUCGGGGAAACAAACUAUGAUUGUACCCAUGUCAGACGACAAUGCAAUCCGGUUUAAAAAUGCAACUUUCAUCAUUCGUUUCUUUUUUUUAAUUGAAUCGAUUAAUCCCGUGAAAGUUUACGUCUUCCAGAAUGGAAUGCUCUUGCUUGACGAGGAGAACUGGCUUCACUCUUUCGAAGAAUUUGGGCGCUCUUUCUUCGAUAAGUCAGUUUACGAUUCUGCCGUUAGGUGGAUUCGACUAUUAGUGGCGCACGUGGAAAAAUUGUUCCCGGUCGUCGAUGAAUUCAAACGUGUUAUCAGUCGUGACAAAGUAUCACAGAUUUUGGCAGCAGACUUCAUGCCCAAAUCGUCUGGCUUGGAACUGUUUCGAAUGCACGACAGCGUGCAACGAUUACGUUCAAAAUCCACUCCACAUUCUCUUCAACUACUUCUGCAUAAAACCAUAAGCACUGCUGUUAAUUAUCUCUCGUUUCGGCAUUCACAUUCUACUGUAAAUGAGAUUGGCCCAGUCCUGAAUGAAGACCUUUAUGGCCCAGAAGAAAUAUUCGGUCUAAUAACCAAUCUCAUCAUCACUCCAUCCACAAAACUUGAGCCUGCCUUUCAACCCAGAUGGACUCAUUACACUGCAACUGUGCCUUAUGAAACAACUUUGUUGAAUCUCAAAGUGGUGCUAAACGGUCUUGCAGCAUAUGCUUUAUUCGAAAGUGAAAGAUCCAACCAUUUUGAGAUCAGCAUUGGACUGGACUGGAAUGACUUUAAAAUCGAAAUAGGAAACAAGGAUCCACAAAUCAGACCCAUUAUCUACAUUCUCAGGAUAAGACGCCUAACCAGAGAAGAUAAUCCACUUCCAUUUCAUGCCAAUCAUCAAACUGUUUGCAUCCUGGAACAAGAAUGCAGUCUCAGGUUUAAGGAGAAGCCGGAAUGCGGAUUACAAGCAUCACCCUUCGGCAAUUGGAGCUCGGCUUUGACCGAUUGGAACCGGCUGCCGACUUGCCCUUUUGGCAACUCUGAAGAAGGCGCCUGGAUGAUUCCGUGCUCUUCCUGCCUCCUGGAACGAUCCUGUUACUGGAGCCGAGCUCGUUGGCAGCCGUUUGUAUGCCGCCAUCCUCAUUACAGCCCGUCCGAGCUCCAGCAGUGUCUACUACACCGCAAGUUGAUAUUUGUCGGAGAUUCAACUAACCGUGGCAUGAUGGAAUCGCUGCUGGAACGGCUAGACGGUUGGCUAACGACGUCUGACAGGACAAAGUGGCACGGUUAUCGCCACCGUCUUGCCAACAUUGGCGGUCAGACACAAUUCGACUUUGACUAUUAUCCCAAAUUCUGGAUGUCGUCGAGAACUUCGCUCCAGCAGACGCUCACCCACAUGCUCCGCAGAGCGGAAGCCAAUGAAAGUGACACGACGCUGGUGGUUGGCGGAUUGGAUUGGAUGUCUGUCGAGCACCUGGACACGAUCCGCCAGGUUCUAGACACGGAAGGAUUGUCGGGCAUGGCGGUGGUGAUCAAAAUGGCGGGCGCCGGAUUGUUUCAUUCAGACGUGACAUGGGCGCUGAGCCGUCGCGAAAAAGAGCUCGUCUCGACCGCCCGCCGACUGGCCCGCUUAUCGCAGACGGCCCGUCUCCACUACGGCUUCCGCACUGUCGACACGUGGAACAUGACGGCCGCCCGUUUCCGCGAUUUCCUACCGGGACGUUGUCGCUGCCAUUUCCAUCAGAUCACGGAAGCGGACGGCGGCCCUUGGGCUGACGAUGCGGAUGCGGUCGACCUCGCCCAGCAGCCAAGGAGCCAUCAGCCGCCUCGAUUCAGGAUCGAGGGCCCCAUCAAUCAAGUCUACACGGAGAUCCUGGCCGAUCAAAUCUGUCGCGGCCGAUGAAACUGUAGGAGGGAGAUUAUCACAGUCGAAAUUGGAUAUCGUCUAAUUGGAAUUGAAUUGCCAAUCGCUUUUGAUUGCUGCUGCUAUCAUGCUACCCGUCGGAUAUUUACAUCGAGUGCCAUG